UUAACGAAGGAGCUGUCAGUGUAUCUGGAGAACCAGGUUCGGGUCGGUGGGUUCCUCGGCUCCGGGGUCGGGCUGGCGCUUGCGCUGGGCUUUGGCGUCGCCUACGCUUGCUACUACUGGACGUCUGUAGCCAAGAGGUGCAUACAGACUGAAGUGUAAAUAACCAUUCAGAUGGCAGAAUCUUCAAGAUUCUGAAGCUUGUGUUCAGAUAAGUGUACAAAACUUUUAAUCAGACACUCAGUGGGCGGAGUAUCUAGAUUUCUGGCUCUGUACAAGUUCCUAGUUCAACCAUUGCUACCAAUACUGUCUUGUUCUGUUCAGCAGAAGUUGGGCGAGUGUGAGCACAGGCACAGUAUACAGAAACCAAAGCUUGUAUCUGGAGGGAAGAAGUUUUAUGAGUUUCUGAAGGAGAAUUGCCCCGUGGUGACGGAGACAUAUUACCCCCCAUUCUGGUGCUGGGAGAGUCGGGUACAAACUCUACUCCGGCCGUUCCUCACUGCCAAGCCCUGGGUCUCCUACAGGAAGUAAAGUUUUUCAUUAAUCUAUUAACGUAGCAAAACUGGUAGCCAUGAGCCGUGGUCUUUAUGUCAGGAAUAAACUCUUACCCAUGUUGUCUUAGUGGCUACUGUGUUAUGGGCAGCAAUGUAAAUUGUCUCAGUGGUACCAUCAAUGGUCACGAGUCCUCACAGGGUAGAAGAAUUAUUUUCUCUCUCUCUCUCUCUCAUUCUCUCUCUCUCUCUCUCUCUCUCUCUGUUAGUAUACUGUGCAUAUAAAAGUAUACACACCCCUGUUAAAAUAGUAGGAUUUUGUAAUGCAAAAAAAAAAAAAAAAAAUUUAACCAAAAUGCCAGAUGUUUUUUCAGCAACCAACAAAAUUCAAGAGAAAAAGAAAUAGAAACAUUUUAGGGGGAAAAAACAAAAAAGAAAACACUUACAAUAACCUGCUUGCAUAAGUGUACACACCCCUAACUAAUACUUUGUUAAAGCACCUUUUGCUUGUGAUACAGCACUCAGUCAUUUUGGGUAAGAGUCUACCGACUUAGCACACCAUGAGAUGCCAAAAUAGAGCUAUCCAUGAUUACCUCUAUCUUUACUAGAGCCCCAGUCCCAGAUGUAGAUGAGCAACCCCAUAGUAUGAUGCUGCCACCACUAUCCUUCACCCUGGGCGUGGAGUUCUUUAGUGAGCUCAUCAGAGCGCCAGAUGGAGGUCAGAUAUCUCUGGACUGGUUUGAUAAUGAAGACAGCCUCUCUCACCCCGACUCGUCCACUCGCCCCACUGUCCUGCUCCUGCCAGGUCUGACCGGAACCAGCCGCGAGUCCUACAUCCUGCACAUGGUGCAGCAGAGCCGAGAGCUCGGAUACAGGUGCGUUGUGUUCAACAACCGAGGCGUUUCUGGCGAGAAGCUUCUGACUCCUCGGACGUACUGUGCAGCGAACACGGAGGACCUGGAGAUGGUGAUUGAACACGUCAAUAACACUUACCCAACCGCUCCCAUCAUGGCUGCUGGAGUCUCCAUGGGAGGUACGACAUCCGUUUCCACAAACUCAGCAUCUGAACACGCAGGACUGAAGAGCGGGCCCAGCAUCCUGACACGAAAAACACACACAUUCAUUCACUUAGAAAGAACAAAUGUCAGGAUGAUGCUGGCGAACUAUCUGGGUCGUAAAGGUCACGCUACGUGCCUGAAGGGUGUCGUUGUGUUCUCAGCUGGCUGGGAUGUAUUCAAGUGCACCGCUUCCCUGGAGAAGCCUCUCGAUCGCUUUCUCUUCAACUCCUAUCUCACCAGCUGCCUUCAGGCCUCUGUACACCGACACAGGCCUGUUCUCGAAAGAAAUUAUGACAUAGACCAUGUGAUGAAGGCCAAAACCAUCCGAGAGUUUGACGAACGUUUCACAUCAAAAAUGUUCGGCUACCCGACUAACGACGAUUACUACCGAGACGCCAGCCCCAUCUACAAGCUGAAGUCCGUGCAGGUGCCCAUGUUGUGUCUCAAUGCGGCAGACGACGUUUUCUCGCCAAAUCACGCCAUCCCUGUCGAGGCAGUGAAGCAGAACCCAAAUCUGGCGCUCCUCAUCACAUGCCAUGGUGGCCAUAUUGGAUUUUUGGAGGGCUUCUGGCCACGUCACAGCACCUACAUGGACCGAGUUUUUCGACAGUUCAUCAAGGCGGUCGUUGAAAAUGGCAGCGCGCUAACGGACAUAGCAAGCUAACACAGUGAUGACCUGCUCAACUACAGCGCCCCCUACAACCAGGAGCAAAAAAACAAACAACAACAACAACAACAACACCAACAACACAACAGCUACAUUUUCUGAUCGAGACAUUCGGUUGUUUAUCUGAUCACAGCAUCGCUUGUGGAUUCAGAUCACUCUUUCACUCUUUUUAAUUAUUUCUUACUUUAGACAUGUAGAUAUAUGCCCGUGUGUGUGUGCGAGUGUGUGUGUGUGUGUGUGUGUGUGUGUGUGAGAGAGAGAGAGAGAGAGAGAGAGAGAGAGACUCUUAAUUCAGGUUGAGAGAACAUUACGCUUUCAUUAUACUGUGUAUGAUUUAAGUACGCUGUUUUGACCAAUGGAUCAACUGGAAGAAAAACAAAUCUGUGAAUUUCUCAAUCAUCCAAUCAGCAUUCAUUUAUUUCUGGUCUGCUUUAAACUGGCGUCUAAAUAUCUCUCACUUUCUAGUGAUGUCAGAUUAAUUCUGAGAUUAUGUGUAGGACUGCAGUACACGGCUUUUCUACAAACUGGCAAAGACUUAUUCAAACUCCCGAGACAAAAGGGCGAGACACUACAGGUGAAGAGGGUCGGUUAAAAUGAAUACAUAAGAAAGUUAAUUAAACGAACAAAUAAUUCACAGUUCAUUUCGGUUGAUAAAAUUCUAACAAGUCAUUUCUAUAUAUGAGUUCCUUCACAAAUGAAUAUUUUAUGUUUAUUUAUGUAAAUGAGGUAAAAAAAAAAAAGUCUGUCUCAUUUACAUAAUAAUGAUGAUUUGUUGUUUAAUCAAGAAAAUACCAUAAAAUGCUUUUUUUAAAAAAAAAUGCCAUUUCCUGUAUAAAAUCUAACAUAAGUGUAACAAUAAGCGGCAUUUUGGGAAAUUCGUCUGUAAUAUCCUUUUAAUUAGAGAAGAUUGCAUUUAAAUUUAACGACUACGGCUCAUCUAGAAACUGAGAUAGUUUGGAGUUUUGGUUUUGAAUAUAGAAAAAAAAAACCCUGAUUUUGAAGUUCAAAAUUUCACAACGUGGUUUAAGCGGUUUCCUCUCUACAGUAGUCACUGUGGUUUGUAAAGUAAUUUUUUUUUGUUCCAAAUUAUAUCCUAAUGACACAUUCAUUGACAAAUAUAUCAGGAAACAAGCUUUUUUUCUGAUUGUGAAGUGGGAGGAGCUUAUAGAUUCAGUGAAAAGAGUAAAAUAAAGAUUUUUCUGUACUUUUCUAACAUUUUCAUUAGUACGGUUUGAGUGGAGGUGUGUGGUAUACUGUAGAUGUGGUUUGUCUGAGAAAUGCUUGACCAAAAUAAUUUCUGGCUGUAGUGUCUCGCCUUUAAACGUCUUUGUGCAUCACUGAUCACUGAUCACUCUCGAUCCGUCCCUUCUUUAUAACUCUUGACCGUUUAUUCGUUUCGAUAUUCGGUGUACUCGUGAACCAUUUUGGCCACGUUCCCAUUACAAAUGUAUAUGACAUUAGUGAGACUGCUUUGCUACAUCUGACCCUGCAUGCACACCGAUUAAUAACGUGCACGAUUCACACGAGCAUCAUGAACAACACAAACGCAGCUUUUGAGACAAUCCCUCAGAGCAGUAGUGAAAAUAUGAAUAAACCGGCAGCGCGAGAGAUCGUAUUGUACGGCCGUUUUAAUAGUAUGAAACUGAUAUUUUAAAAAGAUUUAUAAAUUGGAUAACCGUUUGCUAAAAAAAAAAAAAAAAAGCUAGAAUUGAACAUCUAUUAAAUAAGCUAGCAAGUAUUACAAGGGGAUUAUGUUACUUAUUGUUGAGUAUGUUAGCUUAACACAAGUAUCUAUCUAACAGCUUGCCAAGAAGAUAUUAAAUAUAGCUAGCUGGCUAGCAUUGCACUAAAAGUUUGUCAUAGGACAUACAUAAAUAAGUAGAUAAUUAGCUGUCUUGCUAGUUAACAUUACCUUAAUAGCUAGCUAGCUAGUUCAAAACUGUAACUUAAACAGUGUCCUGGGGGGUGGGGCCUUAGAUGAAUUUAAAAAUAUGCCUUUUUUUAAACUGGAUAUUUUUAGGCACAAAAAUAUAUAAAUAAAUAAAUCAGAUUUUAGUCACUGUAACGUGAAUGUAAUGUGUGCUUUCAGUAUAUUUUAUGCUUUGACAUAAAUGAUUCAUUUAUUCAUUGCAUUUUGUCCCUAAUAUAAAAUAUAUGUGAUCUACUGUAGUGGUGCAUAAGAAAGCAGCAUAGAUCUGAUUUUUUAUUUAUUCAUUAAAAAUUCAAAUUAAAAUGAAGUCUCUGUUCACAGUUAGUAAAUUUUUUUUUUAAAUAAAUCAGAUUCGGGUCACUGUAAUGUGAACAUAAUGAAUGUGCUUUCAUCAUGUUUUAUGUGUUAAAGUACAUUAUUAUCAUGUUACUUCGGCCUAACUGACUCUAAAGCUAGCUUCAACAUCAUGACUUUAAAUGAUUCACACAAUCCUUCAAUGAGAGAAACUGAUCUGAUACCAGCUCCAAAGACACUCGAGUAGUUAAACCCUGAAACCGGUUAACUCUUGUUAAAGCUUGCUCUUGACCGUCCAACCGGUGGGAUGAGUAUUCCCAGCUAUCCUGUGGGAUGAGUAUUCCCAGCUGUCUUGUGGGAUGAGUAUUCCCAGCUAUCUUGUGGGAUGAGUAUUCCCAGCUGUCUUUAGCACAUCGCUGCUUAUUAGUUGUUUGAGUGCUUUGUCAGUGUGGACCACUUAUUUCCUUGCUCAUUAAACGGGUAUUUUGUUCUGUUGCCUGCAUUUCUGGUUCCCAUCCACCAGAUUUGGUCCAGUUAAGUGUUAUAAGCUUCAGCUCCUCUGUUAUAAUAUAAAGGACGUCUUUACUUAUCACUAUCAGAGGAUCUCCAUCAGUUCUAUUAGCUGAAUUAACACUGAUCAGUACACUAAAUGAUUAGUGUCAUCCUCACUCUCUCGCUCUUCUUCAUCCUCAAUCAUUUUACUGAGUAAAAAUAUACUUUCUUUAAAAAAGAUUCUCUCUGUAUUCGCUCCUUUAUUUUAUUUCCCAUCUUCUCAAUUUUCAUCCAUGUUUAUUCCAUAUUAAAUCAGUUGCUUCUUAUUAUUACCUCAAUUCUUUCCAUAUUUGUUCUCCAUUUUUUCCUCAAUCUCUUCUCCAUUUCUUAUCCAAUUCUUCCACUUUUCUUUACUAUUUCAUCCCCAUCUUCCCCUUCGGUUACCCAUUUCUUCACUUCUCUUCCCUAUUUCUUCUCCAUUUUUAACCACAUUACCAACCCAAUGUCCUUUCCAUUUCUGCCUCAUGUCGUCCUGCCUUCUUUUUUAUUCUUCCUAAUUUCUUCCUCAGUAUUUCAUUUCUAAACACAUUUCUUCUCAAUUUUCCCAUUUCGACCCAGAUUCAUUUUUUCAUUUAUUUACUUAUUUUUUUCAUUUCUCCCCAAAAGGGGGAGCCCCUUUUAAAAAAUUUAUUUCUUAUUAUCCACCCCCCCUCUCUCCUCUCACUGUCUGUAGCAUCUUAGCCCUCAGGGACUCAAGGUUUCACAAUUUAAAGUCUUACUUUUUCUUUUGUCAAUAGUUUAUCUUAACAUUGUAUUGAUAUCUGUUAAAAAAGAAGAAGCGUAAAUUACAGAUUGUACCAAAAUGGUGUUUCUGUUUGUUCUGCAUGCACAUAUCCAGAUCAUUUAUUGUAACAGAUUUUGACAUUGUUUAAAGAAAAAAAGAAAAAGAAAAAAAUUGUACAGUAGAAGAAAUAUGCUCUUGUUUCAUUGGUCAAUUUAUCCUACCUCUAAAUGGUUUUAAGCAGAUUUAACCAGCUUUCAAGGAUUCAAUAAUGAAAAUAAAUGUAAAAAGAAAAAUAGAGUUGGAGUUAAAGCCUGUUAUCACGCUCAGCAGCUCCAUAUUGGAUAGAUCUGCUUAUAUUUUACACCAACCUGCACAAAUGCUUGUGUGAAAUGUAGUGUAGAGCAAGACGGCGUCAUUUUUCCAGCUAGUCCGAUGCUAACCGAUUAGCAGCUUUGAAAAGUAAAAACAAUUGUACAGAAGUUUUAUAUCUUGCACAAUUGGAGUUGCCAUGAUGUACCUGAGGAUGUAAAGGUUUAACGUGAUGUUUUUGCUGUAUUUUUUUUUUCUUUUUUGACAGAACAUGUUGUUCUAAUCUGUGCAUUUCAGUACUGUUUUCCCAAAACACAAUCUGUGUACAGUUCUAUUAAGUUGUUACUUACUGUGCUAAAUGGCUAUCAGAGUAAAGAAAGAAAGUAUAUUAGCAGUUAUAUUAACUAAAAUUAAUGUAAAAGAAACUUAAAAUGAUGACAUCUAUGAUGAUUUUUGAGUCGAUCCAUCAUCUAUCAAUCAUCUGAAAAAACGUUACACGAGUUGAUAAGUAACAGAAUGUUAGCAAAGCUUUGACCAUGUGGGGAAAUUUAACGAGGGGGAGUAUACAAGUGCGCAUUAAAAAAAACAGUACUGGGAUGCAACUUCUGUGUGUUUGGAUGAAAAUCCGGUUUAAAUGGAAAGUGUUUGAUUCCACGUGUAAGCGAAGGACCAUAAACUACUUGGGCCUCGAGCUACUGGAGCAGGUCUAACUGUUAAUGAACUUCUUGAGGAAAUCAUCCAAGUAACAGCAAAACACAUCAUACACGACAUAACUCAUAGCACAACAGGCAUACUUAUUUUUCCAGGAUCAAGUGUUAUAUUUCCAUUUAUACAUUUAUAAAAGGAUAGUCUUGUUUAAACAAGUUCAGCAAUAAGAUUAAAAACAGAAGAAAUGUGGAUGUAGAUAAAGCCUAUGCACAUGUGCUUGUAUGAAAGUGCAUUUGCUGUCUUGAAUAAAUUAUGGACUUAAAACUUA